CGAAUGGUUUACAGUGAACAUACAACAUCCUUUGACUUCAGUCUCUUCGUCCAGUACCUCUAUAUAUAUGCUUAGUAUGUUCAUGAAAUGCUAGCUCUCUGAGUCUGUCAAAGCUGACCGAUGAACUAAGGUUGGUUAAUUAGGAGAAAAAUAUGCGAAAGCUGGUGAACAAGAAAACCUGUAUCUGAUUUGAUUGUAAUUACCAAUUAAUGAUGGACUCUAAUUAGUAAUUACCCUAGCAUGAGCGUAAGAUUUUGUAACCCUACUUCCAGCUUUUCGUGAUGAACUGAUGAGCCCCCGCCGGCCUUGGCCUUUUAUGUAUGGGCCCAAAUUACCGAAAGGAGAUAUUAUUAUUAGCGCCCAAUAUUAAGCCUACACCUACAGCACUUUGCUGCUGGGCCAGAGACAGAGUGGGUUACGUUUUCGUGAAAUGACCCCCCACCCCCAACGACGAGAAAAUGCACGAUUAGAGAGCUGUUUUCUUUCAAAAAUUCUUAUGAACUUUAAGAUUCAUAGUUCGUAAUUUCUCGUAUUAAUAUCCUUUUUUCGAACUCCAAGGUGCAGAUUCACUUACCAACUACAUAAAUUUGGAUGAUAGGGUUACGAGAAAGUAGAAAUUUUGGACUUGAUAUGGUCAUCUUAGUAGGGGCGGACCCAUGUGUUAGGGAGGCGACACACCUCCACCCGAAUAUUUUGUGAGAGACCCAUGCUUUGUCAAUAUAAUUUUUUUGGAAUUUAGAACUUCCGAAACACUUUUAAUAAUUGUAAUCGACACACUUUUAAUAUAAUACGAUGAAAUUGGUGUCAUAAAGUUCUCAAAAUACGUAAAUAUAUAUAUAAUUUAUUUUAAAUUUUAGUUUUCUUAUGACAAAUUUGGGGUUGUUUCUAUUGCUUUAUCGUUUAGACACAAUGGUCUAUUGCUCUUAGGCCUUAGGCAGGGUAAUCGUAAGGAAGUUUUCCCAAUUUUCUCUCUAUCCGAAUAAGUUUUGUUUCUUCUUGAUUCUUGUAGCUUUCACAUAGUCGUCCACCUAGUGACAAGAAUGUUCUUUCGUCGGGAGUCCGGUUGCAUAUGGACUACUAUCUUAUAAAAAAACCCUAGUGUUCCCUUUACCUCUUUUGAUCCCACUUCUCGUUGUGCUUCACAGUAAACUAUAAUUAAAUUUUAUUUAUUAUUUUAUCGACUGACACACCUAUACGAGAAUGCUGGGUCCGCCACGACCUGUUAGAUAUUAAAAAAAUUUGUUGCAUUUAAACUCUAUCGACUCGGAUAUCAUUAACAAGUUUUAGUGGAUUCUGGUAUACUCUUCACUAGUAGGGAACAACUAAUGAUUAGGCUCAUUGAAAUAAAGGCCGAAAGUCUAAACUGAAACCCUGCACUUUUUAUUACGACACUGCCACACAAUCUACUAAUUACAAUCUAUUUACAUCUAAAAUUUUACCUUUUUGCCAACUGAAACACUACCAUUCAUAUUCUCCUAUGAAAAAAAAAAAAAAGUAACUUCAUUGGAUCUAGAUUUCUGGUUAUUUACUUAUUUAUGGUCGAACAUGACAUGGAUGUAGACAGGAACGGCAAUUGGUCACUUUGUCUAAUCCCUGAAGUCCGCAGUGACAACCAAACUCAUCCAAAGGCCCAUAAUAACCUCUCAUUUCUAAUAACAGACUUACGGGCCUGGCUCCCUGAGCCGAAGCUUAAAAGCUCUCCAAUGGGUCUAUACCUAGGGAUGGCAAUGGGUAGGGUGGGGGCGGAUAGUGCAUAUCCGUUACCCUACCCAAUGUAGUUCGGGUUUUACCCAUACUCGUACCCAUACGGGAAACGGGUAGAAAAUCAAAACCAUGCCUAUACCCGUUCGGGUUUCGGGUAUCCACGGUUAUCCAUGGGUAAUAAUUUCUCCUUAUAAUUCCAACCAAUAUGUUAACAUUCACACGUAUACUCACAUUAUGUAAGAGGAAAAAUACGACAAUAAUUCACUAGAAUGACGAAAAUUAAUUAAAACAACAUAAUUUCAUGAAUAUAUUAUAUUUAUAUGCUAAAUAUAAAAUAUUCUAGAGAAAAAUAAUGAUUAUUUCUAGACAAAAUACAUAUGCAUAUGUAUAAUUGGGCGGGUUCGGGUUGGAUAGUGAGAUAACCAUGCCCACCCAUUACCCGCAACAUUCGGGUUCGGGUUUUACCCGUACCCACGAAAAAUGCUUCGGGUUCGUGUUUUAUCCUACCCAAUUAGGUCGGAUUCGGGUGGAUAUCCACGGUUACGGAUAUUUUUGCCAUCCCUACCUAUACCCAGUACUUAUGACUCGAAUGCUUGUCCAGGCCCACUGUCAUUCUCUGGACUUGGCCAAUUUUUGGUUUUGAGAGGAUCUUCUUAAUAGUCAAUAAAUGGACUAUCCUAUUGCAAUCCUUACCCACAAACCAAACCCCAAACGUAGGAAAUUCCGUACACAAUCCCCCAAUCUCCUCCAAAAUCGAUCCACCACCCUGUGUUAGGAACGAACCAACAAAUAGAACGAGGUUAUCGAAUUUGGAGCUGAGUCACGGAUUAGGUCGCUUUCUUUAAGACGUUCGCGGCACUGCCCUCGAUGCACACGACAAACUAUCAAUCAGUCGUCUCCAGGAUUAAACAACUCUUCUCUAUACUCGCGGUCUUGUGCAAAAAAACCCGAGUUCUCUGAACACUCUCUCUAUUGUGUUUAUGCUCGUAUUGUGGUGUGUUUAGAGGGAUGGGGAGACGGCUAUUUAUAGGAGUCGAACCCCAAGGAAAAUAACCUUCUUGCUUGAGGAAGAAGUCGGAUUAAUUAAGGAAGAUAAUUACUUCCUUAAUUAAAACUCGUCUGUAAGAUAAUUCCUGGCGGGAUUAUCCUUCGAAUAACCGAUUAAUAAUUAAUUAUCUAAUAAUUAAUUUUGUUAGGAAUUUCUCCAAAAAUAUAUAGUCUCAAGUGAACCGACCAACCGGUCGGUUGAACGGCACGCGCGCGUGUGGUGGUCUGUUAGGUCCUCCCUCUCCCACAAAAGUGGGUCACCCCAAAAUGCAUGCCCUUAGGAGAGAGGCUACUAUCUUUAUACACAUUUCGCCAAAUAAAACUACCAAUGUAGUAAUUUUUCUACCUUGAGACUCUAUACCUUUCAAAACUAUUCAUUUCCAACACCUGUUCACCUUAUCAAAUUACAACCUUGAUAUCACCUUACAAAUUGCACAUUCACUUCUGCAAUGACAUCCACAAGCACAAGCCAAGUCAAUAUCACAAAACAGAAAAGACAUAAAAGAAGUGAUGCAUAUAGGAGAAUAAGGCUGGCCUUCGUGAUUCCUAUCCCUUCACAUUUUGGUUAUUUACAGUCUUGACAGAAAAGAAAAAGCGUCUUCUUCCGCUCCUUUACAAGUAUGUAUGCAUACAUGACUUCUAAGCUAGUAUCUCAAACCCAUAUAUUAUAAAUGUCUAAUGUAAUAAUAUUAUUAUGGUUGUUAGUGGCAUUUGAUAUUGUUUGUACAUUACCCAUAAUAAUUCAAAUAAAAAUUAGUGGUGGUGGAAUUUGGAAAAGACAGCGACGAACCGUUAAAAAAAGCGCCAAGCUCACGAGUGCGAAUAGCAACAAGAAACGGUCACGGGUUGCCCAAAUUGUGCCGGCCACAAUUAAAGUAGGGACCGAAAU